AUGACUGGCGAAGUUGAGCAACAUAUGGACCAUGAUGACGGCGGUCUGCCAGGCCCCGGUGCACCCACACCCCUCACAGCUCUCGAGGGAAUUGCCGGUUUGACGGCGAGAGAUGUUAAACUGAUAAUUGAUGGAGGGUUUCACACGGUAGAAUCAGUUGCUUAUACACCAAAACGGGUAUUAGAACAGAUCAAGGGUAUUUCUGAACAGAAAGCUACCAAAAUUCUAGCCGAAGCUUCCAAGCUCGUUCCAAUGGGUUUCACUACCGCCACAGAAAUGCAUGCUCGCCGAAGUGAGCUUAUCUCGAUCACUACUGGUUCGAAACAAUUAGAUACUCUCUUAGCAGGAGGUAUCGAGACCGGUUCGAUCACCGAAAUCUUCGGAGAGUUUAGAACAGGGAAGAGCCAGCUGUGUCAUACACUCGCCGUCACAUGUCAGCUCCCAUUCGACAUGGGCGGCGGUGAAGGGAAGUGCCUGUAUAUUGAUACCGAAGGUACUUUCCGCCCAGUCAGGCUGUUAGCCGUUGCCCAGCGAUACGGUCUUGUAGGAGAGGAGGUCCUGGAUAAUGUUGCCUAUGCCCGGGCCUACAACUCAGAUCAUCAGCUUCAACUUCUCAACCAAGCAUCUCAGAUGAUGUGCGAAACUCGAUUCUCGCUGCUCAUCGUUGAUUCUGCAACUGCUCUUUAUCGAACGGACUUCAACGGCCGUGGGGAGCUAUCCAACCGGCAGACUCAUCUCGCCAAGUUUUUGCGAACACUGCAGCGACUAGCGGAUGAGUUUGGAAUUGCGGUGGUCAUUACCAAUCAAGUCGUGUCUCAAGUAGACGGUGGCCCUAGCUCAAUGUUCAAUCCAGAUCCAAAGAAGCCCAUCGGUGGAAACAUCAUUGCUCACGCGAGUACGACUCGACUAAGUUUGAAGAAAGGACGGGGAGAAACCAGAAUAUGCAAGAUCUACGAUAGUCCCUGUUUACCUGAGAGUGAUUGUUUAUUUGCAAUCAAGGAAGACGGAAUUGGCGAUCCUAGUCCCAAGGAUCUUGAAAAUGAGUAG